AUGUUCAUUCUCUCUCCCGAACGCAUCACUGCUUGGCAGCGGGUGCUGGGCAUGUAUGCCUCGUCGACGGUCAUGGGCAAGUGGGCGCUGUCGGCGGCCGGUGCUGCUGAGAUGGGCGAGUCGUCUGGCUCGUUGACCGUCACCGACAACCGCACGAACCGCAGCUACAACAUCGACAUCAAGCACAACGCCAUCAAGGCCACUGACUUCCGCCAAAUUACCGCUGCAGGAGUGGCAGCGGAUCCGGUGGACCAGGUCGAGUCUGGCCUGCGCAUCAUCGACAAGGGCUACCUGAACACGGCCUGCAUGGAAUCUUCCAUCACCCUCAUUGAUGGCAAGCGCGGAUACAUCCAGUACCGUGACUCGUCAAUUGACGACUUGUUCCGCAACAACGACUAUGAGGAGGUCAUCCACCUGCUCAUUUGGGGCCACCUUCCUUCCGCAGCUGAGAAGCGUAAGUUCAGGAAGUCUUUGGCCGAGGCAAUGGUGGUGCGGCAGAGCGUGGUCGAUGUCAUCGAGGCGUUCCCCCGAGACUCGCUCACUUUCCCCAUGAUUCUGGCCGGGCUGUCGGCUUAUGCAGCCAUCGACAAGGGUACCCAGCAGACGCACAGCUCGGGCCGUCCGGCGUACCUGGGCAACACGGCGGCGGUUGACGCUGCUAUCAUCCGCACGCUGGGCGCUCUGUCGACGACCAUCGCGUUGGUGUACUGCCACAAGCGCGGAAAGGCCUUCACCCCUGCCGACCCCAACGGUUCGUUCAUCGGCAACGUGCUGCUGAUGAUGGGAUUCCACGAGGCGGGGGCGCAGAAGCCGAACCAGAAGAUCGAGAAGUGCUUUGAGAAGCUGUGGAUUCUGUACGCGGACCACGAGAUGACCAACUCGACCGCCUCUUUCCUGCACGCGGCGUCGACGCUCACGGACCCCAUCUCGUGCAGCAUCUCGGGCAUCGUUUCGGCGUACGGGCCGCUGCACGGCGGGGCCAUCGAUCUGGCGUACAAGGGUUUCGAGGAGGUCGGCACGCCUGAGAACGUCCCGUCUUUGAUCGCCGACGUCAAGGCUAAGAAGCAGCGGCUGUUCGGCUACGGGCACCGCAUCUACAAGACGGUCGACCCGCGCGCCAAGUACAUCCGCGGCAUGAUGGACGAGCACAAUGAGCUCAUGAAGCAGAACCCGCUGCUGCGCAUCGCGCUUGAGGUGGACCGUGUGGCUAACACCGACGAAUACUUCACCAGCCGCAACCUCAAGGCGAACGCUGACCUGUACGGCUGCUUCCUGUACACGGCCAUGGGCUUCGAGACGGACAUCAUCAUCGCCAUGGCCAGCCUGUCGCGCACAGCGGGUGUCAUGGCACACUGGCGCGAGGCGAUGCACCAGACGCCGAUGCUGUGGCGGCCGCUGCAGGUCUUCACAGGGUCGAUGGCGCAGUAG